AUGGGAGGUCAAUCCGGAGAGUUUGAUGAUGACUUUAUUUCUCUUCCUCCUGGACAACAUGCUGAUGUAGAUUUUCUCUAUGGAUCUGAGGAUGCUUGGAAUGAAGACGAAUCAGAUCCCUACAGUGAUGAUGAAAGUGAUGACGAUAGGGAGGCCGUUGAUACACUUGUUGAGAAGAUUAAUCAUUCCUUCUCUUCUAAAAUUACCAACUCUCAUAAUUUAGGUCUCUUGGAUUGUAUUCUCUCCAUUGAAAAAUGUAAACAAAUUCUAGAUAUUUCGAAUAUUUCAUCAUCAUCAUCAACUAAUACCUCUAGUAAUAAUCAAGCAUUAUUGGCAAAUAGUGGAAAUAAUCCACAAUCAAAUAUUCUAAACAGUUUGCUAAGUAAUGAUAAUUGUACAAAUAAUGUAAAUUCCUUUUUCAAUUAUUUUGGUUCAUCUAAUGCGGAACAUUCCCUAGUUGAUCAGUUUUCUGAAUUCCGAUUGGAAGAUAUCGAAGCACAAUUUGUAAAUUCAUCUUCAUCACCCUCUCUUCCUAGUAAUACCUCCACCUCUAGUAAUAAUUAUAAUAAUAACAAUACUAAUAAUUCUACCAUUGGAACAUUGCAUCUUCAAAAAAUCAAUGAAUUGACAAUUAUUAGAAACAACAUGCAAAAAGUGUUGGAUUCAGCCAUUAAAAAACUUUCCGAUGAAGAUUUAGAAUCUGACGAUCCUUCUCUACCAAUACAAGGUUCAAACACAACUGGAAACAAUACUGCUCUAUCAGGACCAACCUUUCCAGAAUCAAUCCUCAAGGAACUUCGUCUUGGUACCAAUCUUGCUCACUACUCAACUGUAUUGAAAUCACAAAUUCUAUCAUUUGAUAAAUCGAUUGAGAUUGUGAAUUUUAUUGGAGGAGUUAUCAAGAUGCAUAGUGGAGUUUUUCCAACCAGAUUUUUGGAUAACACAAAAUCUUUGGGAACUUAUUUGGUUGGUAUUUUGCACUAUUAUGCCCAAUCCAUUUCUAGAACAAAUUUUGAAGUUUUAAUAUUUGAAUCUAAUAAGGAAGAAUAUGAAUUAACUAGGCACAAUGUUUCUGUAUUCACCAAGCAUCUCUUAAAGAGGAAUAUCUUUACUGCAAGCUCUUUCAAUUCAACAGUGGAACAAAGAGAUUUCUUUGACUGGUUGUGUGAUACCAAAAACAAUGUACACUCCUCUGUUAUCAUGCUUGAUUUGACCGAGUCCAACAAGAAGGAUUCUUCCACAGUUUUGAACAAUCUAGUCAUUGAUACCGAUGUUGUAAAGAAUAGUGCCAAUCAAAUGAUAGAACACAUGCUCUACUUUGGAGCUUGUUGCAUUGUUCUCAAAGUGCCACCAAACUACACAGAGAAGGAUCUUUCCACACACAACAAAUUGUGGAGAAUUUAUGUCAAGGUUUUCCAAGAUUGCAAGUACAUGAUCGUUUUCAAUAACAAACCAAUGAUAAUGGCUCACGUAGCUUCUAGUGGAAGACGACAACGAUAG